UCGUAGCACGCUUGCCAACGGAAGUAGCAUUGGCACCACAGUUGACACAAACAUCCUCAGUCUUUGUAAAUAAGAUGGAGGUGGAUCAGCUACUGUCUCUCUCAGGUUCAGCUUUGGCUCAGGCCAUCAGCUCUAUACUGGAAACACCAGGCCUCUACGUGUUCUCAGACAUAUUAGAACUGCCCAACGUCCGUGAGUUGGAGACGGGUCCCCACGCUCCAGUCUACCAGCUCCUGAAUCUUUUUGCGUAUGGAACCUACUGCGACUAUAAAGAGAGAACGGCUUCACUUCCUGAACUCACACCCGCCCAGAGGAACAAACUUCGUCAUCUGUCAAUCAUCAGCCUGGCCUCCAAUCUGAAGUGUCUGCCAUAUUCACUACUGCUCCAGCAGUUAGAGCUGAAGAAUGUGCGUGAGCUGGAAGACCUGCUGAUUGAGGCCAUUUACAGUGACAUUAUCCAUGGGAAACUGGACCAGAGGAACCAGCAGGUCGAGGUAGAUUGCAGUAUAGGUCGAGAUCUGGGUCCCAACGAAUUACCAAACAUUGCCAACACACUGCAAGAGUGGUGUGCAGGCUGUGAAGCAGUUCUGUGUGGCAUUGAAGAACAGGUGUCAAGAGCCAACCAGUACAGAGAAAGCCAGCUCAAGGUCAAAGUUCAAGUGGAAACAGAGGUAUCAAACCUACAAAAAACCCUCAAGGCAAGUUCUGCUUCUCCAUCAUCUGGACCCGCCCCUGCCGGAGCAGCAUCCAAUCAAGAUGCAGAUCAGCCCGCUGAGCCAAGAGAUCCUGCUUCCUCUCAAGAGCCACGGCAACCAGGAAAAAAGAGUUCAAAGGUCAAAGGCCUUCGUGGGAGCGGAAAGAUUUGGUCAAAGUCUAACUGAUCCCAAACCCUUUAGAAGUCUUCAGAAAGCCACUCACAGACAGACAUAUUGUGGACUGCUUGCUUGGAAAAACAGAUAAGCAAACUAACAGCCACCUCUCAGACACAAACCAUCAUCAUAGUAACACAACUUUUACACGAUCCCGGGUGUGUGAGUGUUUAUACAUAUAUAUAUAUAUAUAUAUACACGCGAGUGUGUUGUAAAUGUCAUUUAAUUUGACUCAUGCCCCUUUUUCCUUUGCGUGUUCGUUUCGUUCGUUAUUAAAUCUGGAUGUAAAUUGAUGAAGCCAAUGAAUAAAUGCUAUCCAUCUGUCA